GGUCAGAGGCUCCUGACUCUGCCUCCUGACCCUUCAGGCCGGACUGUCCCUACGCGACCAGGCCCUCGCCCCCCAUGCCCUGCCGCCCUCGCAAUGCCGAUCUGUCCGCCUUGGCGGCUGCUACUGCUGCUCUCGUCGUGGAGGCCGCUGCUCGGGAGGGCGGAGACAGACUCUGUCGGUCAGACGGCGGGGGAGCUGUACCAGCGCUGGGAACGGUACCGCAGAGAGUGCCAGGAGACACUGGAAGCCGUGGACCCCCCAGCAGACCUCGCCUGUAACGCGUCCUUCGAUAUGUACGUCUGCUGGGACUACGCUGCACCCAACGUCACCGCCCGUGCGUCCUGCCCCUGGUACCUGCCGUGGCACCGUCACGUGGCUGCAGGCUUUGUCCUCCGUCAGUGUGGCAGUGAUGGCCAAUGGGGCCCUUGGAGAGACCAUUCUCAGUGUGAAAAUCCAGAGAAGAAUGGGGCUUUUCAGGAUCAACGGCUGAUUUUGGAGCGGCUGCAGGUCAUGUACACCGUGGGCUACUCCCUGUCCCUGGCCACAUUGCUGCUAGCCCUGCUCAUCUUGAGUUUCUUUAGGCGGCUGCGCUGCACUCGCAACUACAUCCACAUCAACCUGUUCACGUCUUUCAUGCUGCGGGCGGCGGCCAUCCUCACGCGAGACCGUUUGCUACCUCCACCUGGCCCCUACCCUGGGGACCAGGGCCCCGUCCUGUGGAACCCGGCCCUAGCUGCCUGCCGAACGGCCCAGAUCGUGACCCAGUACUGCGUGGGUGCCAAUUACACGUGGCUGCUGGUGGAGGGUGUCUAUCUGCACAGUCUCUUGGUGCUCGUGGGAGGUUCCGAGGGGGGCCACUUCCGCUGCUACCUGCUCCUCGGCUGGGGGGCCCCCGCGCUUUUCGUCAUUCCCUGGGUGAUCGUCAGGUACCUGUACGAGAACACGCAGUGCUGGGAGCGGAACGAUGUCAAGGCCAUUUGGUGGAUCAUACGCACCCCUAUCCUCAUGACCAUCUUGAUUAAUUUUCUCAUCUUUAUUCGCAUUCUUGGCAUCCUCGUGUCCAAGCUGAGGACGCGACAGAUGCGCUGCCCGGACUACCGACUGAGGCUGGCUCGCUCCACACUGACGCUGGUGCCCCUGCUGGGCGUCCACGAGGUGGUGUUUGCUCCGGUGACAGAGGAACAGGCCCGGGGUGCCCUCCGCUUCACCAAGCUCGGCUUUGAGAUCUUCCUCAGCUCAUUCCAGGGCUUCCUGGUCAGCGUCCUGUACUGCUUCAUCAACAAGGAGGUAGGGACGGCCUCGGCUCGCCGCCCGCGCCCUCUGGCGGCCGCACAGGGAAUGGCCGGGAACGCAGGGAAUGUUCUGAGUGCCGUCGCAUUGCAGGUACAGUCGGAGAUCCGCCGCUGCUGGCACCGCUGCCGCCUGCGCCACAGCCUCGGGGAGGAGCAGCGCCAGCCACCAGAGCGUGCCUCCAGGACCCUGCCCUUGGACUCAGGCCCCUGCCGGGUCGCCGCUGACGGUGCCCGGUCCUUGGGGACCCUGCCGGGGUCUGGGGACGAGGCCAGCCGGGUCUUGGAAAGCUACUGCUAGGCAGUGGAGAUCCUGUGUCCGUUUUAGCACGUAUUCAUUGAGCACCUGCCGUGAACCAGGCCCAGUGUGGAGGGCGCUAGAGAAAUUGGGGUGUGGUGGGAGGGGGAAAACAGAAGACAAAGUCCCUGUUCUUCUAGAGUUCACAGUUCACAACUGAGGGGGGUGAGCAGCAAAGACAGAACAAGUUAUACAUACACUGUGGAACUGGCUAAAGAACAAUUAAAGGGAGCCUAGGGUGGCAGGAGGGCAUCUCCAAGAAGAUGACACUUAAGCCAUACCUGCAAGAGGUGAAGGAGACUGCUUUGGGAAGAGGAUUCUAGGCAGAAGCAGCAGCAUCCGCAGAGGCCUUGAGGCAAGAAAGAGCUCAGCCAUGCACGAGGAACAGACAGGUGGCCUGCAUGGCUGGAGUGGGAUGAAUCUGGGCCAAGAGAUGUGGGGAGAGAGAAGCAGGCAAGGGCAUGGAAGAUUCCUAGCAGCAGCAUCUCCUGGGCUAAUUUUUUUUUUCUUUUUUCUGGGCUAAUGUUUUAAGCAGAUCCUCUGUCUGCUAUGUGAGGGAACAGAUUAUUAGGGGCAGGAGUGGCAGCUUCAGAAGCAUGUGAAGUAGUUGGGCUCUGGCACUAUUUUAAAGGUAGAGCUGAUGAUUUGCUGAUGUUUUGCAUGAGGGAAGUGCAGCAAGAGAAGUCAAAGAAGACUCCUAGGUUUGGGAUGGUGGAAAGAGAGGGAGAUGACAUUCAGUGGGGGUUGAGCCAAGAGUGUUCUUUGGACAUGUUGGGCUGGGAAAAAUGCCCUGGAGCUCACAGGACAGGUGAGAGAUGGAAACAGAAAUCUGAGCAGCACUGGGGGCCAGAAAGGAGGACUUCGUGUGUAGACUAAACAUGAGCCAUUCAAGGCAGGCCUCAGAGCUGCAACUAGGACAGACCACUGCCGGCUGCGGGUAUGGACGCACCUUUCCACCUUCCUGGGCAGCCCUUGGAGACUGGGAGAAAUAGGGAGAAACCGACAGCCUGUGUCUGGACCACCUGUACACACACAAGACCCUCACUCCUAAAUCCUUCCCCCACUUAGAACUGCACUUAGAUUUAGUUAGUACUUGGGUGUUAUUUCCCUUGGGGUCCCCAGUCCCCUGGACAGAUGUGCCCCACAGCAGCUUAACAGAGUCCUACAGCAGCUUAACAGAGUCCUUCUUCAUAGGUUUGGGGUGUGUGUGUGUGUGUGUGUGUGUGUGUGUGUGUGGUGCUAAGGUAGGGGCCUUGUAAAUAAAGCAUGAGAAAUAGCUGUACUUUUUUGUGUAUGAGAGGUGGGUCAAUCUUCUCCCCUAGGUCAUCAAGAGAAAUGAAGGGUGGGCUGUGUGCUUGUGGUAGCCUUGCAACCCCAUCAGUCAUGUGUUGCCACAAGAACAGGGACAUUACACCACCACUGUCCCCCAUGCCUAAGAGAAAUCCUGAUUGGGACUGUUCAUGUGAUUUCCUGAUACUUAACUAUUUGCAAUGUAUACAAUUAAAAUAUUGUGUGUGUGCCAAACAAUUCUGAGGGCUGCUUCUCUAAAAGAUAGUAUAGGAAUAGUAAGGCUGCAGAAACCAGCCUGGUUCAAACUUCACUUGGCUACUUAUUCACUGGGUGACUUGAGAAACAUUCCCAGCCUGUGCCUCGGUUUCCACUUCUGGCAAGCGAGUAGUGAUGGUACCUAUAUUCUACGGUUGCCUGAGAUUCCAGUGAGUUAUUCUUAGGAUACUUCCUGGUGCACGGUGCAUGCCUUUCCUGCAUUCUGUUUUUGUUUUCACCCAAUGACAACUUGGCAGGGGUGGGUGAAGAUGUGAGGAAAUUCAGACUGAUGCCAGGCAGGGUGCCUGAGGCUGGAACUUUGCUGCCAGGUUGCAGGGCAGGGAAACCAAAUCCCAUUUCCUGGGGGAGGAUAAGUCAACAAGAAGGGGAAGCAGGGCAAGGAUCUGGAUCUGAACCCAGGACUGUGAUUGCAGGGCUUGUGCUAUCCCAGCUCCUGCACAAGAAUUGAAUCCUUGCAGGAUGGAGAGUGGGGCAGGAGUAUCUCCUGCAGCAGCACCACUACUGCCACAUCACAGAUAACUUGGCUCCAUCAUUUCUUGAGUGACCCUGGGCAAGGCACUUGCUCUCUCUGGGUCUCAGCUGUCUCACCCAUAAAAUCAGAUAGCUCUAGUAUCUACCCACCAGAUGACUGUUCUCAUUAGAUGUGAGCCACUCAGUAAACGUGCAUCUUUAUAACCUCAUAGCUGUUGCCCUAUGUCAAGCCUUCUCCUACAGGGUCCCUUGCUCUGUCACUUACGGACUCAUGGACUAACUCAGGAUGUGCUUUCACAACUCAGUGUAUCAGACGUCUCAUUUUUUCUGAGGCCUGCAAACUCCUGCACCCACCUAGUAUUUGGUCUUAUUUGGGGAACAAAGCAAGAGAUGCAGGUAGAGACAGAACACAGAGAAAUGGGUGGGGGAGAGCACGAUGUGUGCGAAUCAGAGCAAGACAAGGAUCUUCCUAUACCCCCACAAUAAGUGAGCCCCCCCCGUCCCACCUCUAUCUCCAUACGUGUCAGAAAAUUUCUCCCAGGGGUAAUUAAGUUGUAAUUUGUGGGCAGUGGAGCUCAGGGUUAAGCCCCAGGCUCUGGCACAGGGGAGGUUUGAAUUAUACCAUCACUGCUUCCUGGCUGAAUCCCCUCGGGGAAAUGCUCUCUCCUUUCUGUACCUCAGUUCCCUCCUCUGGCAAUGGAGGUCAUAAUGAACAGUGUCUGCUCAGCACAGAGGAAAGGGCCUGGCACCCUAACAGCUGGCAAUCACUACCACUGUUUGGGUACUGACUAACUAUAUCCUCCUCCUCCUCUCAGUGAGGGCUGGUCAGGGCUCUCCUGGGUACUGCUGUGUCCCCAGCACUGCAGCCAGACCUCAACUUAUUGAGAGAGAGGCAGAGGAAGGGGAGACACAGCGAUGAGAAGCUAGAAAAGAUUAAGAAGGGAAAGAGAGCCCUCUGUAUCCAACCCAUUCACUUCACAGAUGGGGAAAAAGAGGCCUGGGGAGGGGCAGAGACAGGGCCUCUUCACGGGAUCAGAGAAGUCU